AUGGCCUUGGUGGUGGCGCUGCUGGGAUCGCUUGGCUCCAUCUUUGGCGCUGGCCGAACUCUCCAAGGAUCGCUGAUUGCCAACGCCCUGAGCUUGGCCCUCAUGGCCGUCACGUCCUACCACCCCUUUCGUUACAGCGUCGCCCUGGGAAGUGCCGUCUGCUCGCUGGGCAUGGUGCAGGUGAACGCCCUUUUGCAGGCGGUUGGAAAGCACGACAAGCUCUUCCAAGCUCGCCUGAAUGCCGAGUAUCGCUUGUUGGCUUCGCUAGCCGCAGUCAUCAGCCCCACCCUCACGACUGCCGUCAUCCUUCGCCUCAUUCCAGAGGGCUACUGGGCGGUUUUCCUCCUCACCGCUGCCAUUUCACUUCUGGCCUGCGCGCUGUUGGACAAGCGAUUCCUCAGUGCCGACCCUGAUGCCCCGGCGUCUCAGAGCGGGACGUUGGCAGCCACGCGGACUCCCCAGACACCCACCCUCACGUUACGCACUCUGGUACAACCCUACGUUGACAUUUUCUCCGUCUCAUCAGCUCGCUCGGCACUCCUGCACGUCUUCUUGAUCUCCAUGCCUUCGCAUGUGGUGGGCACCUUCCUGUCCUCCCGCUACCGCCAAGUUGGAAUGGACCCGACCUUUCAAGGCUACUGCAUCUCUUUUGCUGCCGCUGCCUCAAUCGUGUCCAUCAUGCAAUCGCGCCAUCUCCUCGAGUAUUUCACGCCUCGUCAGAUGUAUGCGCUCCUGGGAGGCAUUAACGGUCUGGCCAUCAUCGCUCUGGGUUGCGUUGACAGCCAUUGGUUACUUGGGGCCUUGAACGCUGUUUCCUUUUGUGUCAGCAAGGCCAGCACCAUUGCCCUCUCCGUCUGGCUCUCGCAAGCCGUGGAUCCGAGACUUCUGCCAGCCAUGUUUGCUGUCGAAAAGUUCUUGGGUUGUUUCCUCCGCUACCUCGUCUCCGUCCUUCUCGGAAUCGCGGCUUCACACAUGGACCUUGCCCUCAUCUUCGUGAUCAAUGGGGUCAUUGGUUUAUCUGUCUGGUUCUUGGAAAUCUGGCUCAUGCGCGACUCUGUGGACCACCCCAAAACCAUCCAACCAAGCAAGUCCAAGACGGCGUAG